CUCCCGGUGGGGGGAGCUCGCGGGGCGGACAGCCUGCGCCUCCACGUCGCCUAGACGUCAGGCAGCGGCUCGUGCGAUGACGUCGACGGGCCCGCGAGGGGCGUGACGUGGGUCCGCGGCGGAGAGACGCGAUGGCUCGAGCGGAGUGGCGGAGCGGAGCGCGCGAGCACAAACAUUGACAUCAAUAUCCAGCGGAGAGACGUCGCGCGGGCGGCCAUGGCGGCACGUGCGUAGUGCGGCGUCCAGCGGCGCGACGAGACCACUGACUGAGCGACUCCUCUCCACCCCCCCCGCCAUGGACCCCCCCGGGAGGCGCGCGGCUGAGGAGGAGGAGGAGGAGGAGGAGGAGGGGGGGCUCGGCGUGGAGACCGCAGAUCCGGACUGCGGCGCCAGGAAGCUCUACGUUACAGAGAUGCCGUCCUCCUCGGGACACAUGGGCUCCGGGAAGAAGAUUGGACACAGGGGGGUGGACGCCUCGGGGGAGACCACCUACAAGAAGACUACGUCGUCGGCCCUGAAGGGCGCCAUCCAGCUGGGCAUCGGCUACACCGUGGGCAACCUGAGCUCCAAGCCGGAGAGGGACGUUCUCAUGCAGGACUUCUACGUGGUGGAGAGCAUCUUCUUCCCCAGCGAGGGCAGCAAUCUGACUCCCGCCCAUCACUACCCCGACUUCCGCUUCAAGACCUACGCUCCCGUGGCCUUCCGCUACUUCCGCGAGCUCUUCGGCAUCCGGCCCGACGACUACCUGUACUCGCUGUGCAAUGAGCCUCUCAUUGAGCUGUCGAACCCGGGUGCCAGUGGAUCCAUCUUCUACGUCACCAAGGAUGACGAGUUCAUCAUCAAGACCGUUAUGCACAAGGAGGCCGAAUUCUUGCAGAAGUUGCUCCCUGGUUACUACAUGAACCUGAACCAGAACCCCCGCACCCUGCUGCCCAAGUUCUUCGGGCUGUACUGCGUGCAGUCGGGGGGGAAGAACAUCCGCGUGGUGGUGAUGAACAACGUUCUCCCGCGCGCUGUCCGCAUGCACCUCAAAUACGACCUGAAGGGCUCCACGUACAAGCGGCGUGCCUCCAAGAAGGAGCGAGAGAAGACCAAGCCCACCUUCAAGGACCUGGACUUUCUGCAGGACGUGCAGGACGGGUUGAUGCUGGACGCAGACACAUACAGUGCCCUGGUGAAGACGCUGCAGAGGGACUGCUUGGUGCUGGAGAGCUUCAAGAUAAUGGACUACAGCCUGCUGCUGGGGGUACACAACAUGGAACAGGCGGAGCACGAGAGGCAAGCGGAGGGCUCCCAGGGGCCCAGCGGAGAGUCUCGGCCCGUCGCCCAAAAGGCCCUCUACUCCACGGCCAUGGAGUCCAUCCAGGGCGGGGCUGCCUGCGGAGAGUCCAUCGAGACAGAUGACACGAUGGGGGGCAUCCCUGCGAGCAACAGCAAAGGUGAACGGCUGCUGCUGUACAUCGGCAUUAUUGACAUCCUGCAGUCCUACAGGCUCAUCAAAAAGCUGGAGCACACAUGGAAGGCUCUUGUUCAUGAUGGGGACACUGUGUCGGUCCACAGGCCCAAUUUCUAUGCCGACAGAUUCUUCAGGUUCAUGAGCACCACUGUUUUUAAGAAGAACACCUCUUUGAAAACGUCCCCCUCCAAGAAAGGCCGAGGAGCGCUGGGGGUCCCCAGAUACCCAGGAACAGGUGCGGCGUGGUCAGCUAGCCGACUGCCCUCGGAAGGGGAUGAUGACACCUGCGACCUGGGUGGAGCUCAUAGCUUCCCCACACUGGAGGAUGACGGUCGGCCAGAAUUCCUGCCUUGCACCCCGCCCUCUUUUGAAGAGGCAACCACGGCAUCCAUCGCAACCACCCUGUCCUCUACAACCUCCUUGUCCAUCCCUGAGCGUUCCCCAUCGGACACCUCUGAGCAUUCGCGCGGCAGGAGGCACACCCAGUCGCUGAGCCACGAGGGCAGAGCCCAGGAGGAGGCCCGUCUAUAUGAGGAAGACCAGCAGACGAUCACCGUGGAGGUGGUGAAGAGACAUGACAGCGAUCCCUCCUUCCUGCCCCCGGAACUAGUGGCAGAGCCAACACCAGAUCCGACACCAGAACCAACCCCUGAGACCAGCGAAGCCCCAGAGGAAGCGUCGGCCCCAUGUCGGCCCCACGUGGAGCCAGACGCUGCCAGCCAGCUGUCGGAGUGCGCCAGCCAUGGCUCUUUGGAAGACGAGGAGGACGUGCCAAUCACCGACAUCUAUUUUCAGCCCCCCGAGGACAGGAGCUGGGUGUACUCUCCUCUGCACUAUGGUACCGAGACUCAGGCCCUGUCGGACGGGGAGGACGAGACAUAAAUCCCACAGGGCCGUGGGGCGGAGCGCGCCGCAGGCUGCAUCUCCAGGGGCAACUCACAGCAGGGCUCGUGACUCGUCAGGCGGUGGCGCUAUUUCGGCCUCGGUCCAUGGAAAUGGCGGGGCGGCAAAAAUGGGAGGAAUUCUCAGAAACGUCUUUGACUCUUCAUCCUCAGCUCCCAGGUCCCUCUUUCGCUCCCAUCGAAAACAUAUAAGCAUACGAACAAGCAGAGCGACUGUAGUUUAGCAUGCCGUGUGUGUGCGUGUGCGUUUCUCUCUGAUGCAGGACCUGGCCGGCAUGAGGUCAUCUUCGCUGUCUCACCUCCCCGUCCGUCCAGCUCUGUUGUGGGAAUUCACUUACCGUAACCGGUAUCACAUUAACCGUAUUGUCCGAUGACUCUGUGUGUGAAUGUCUUCGGUCCACGUGUGAUGCUGUGGGGAAAUUAUACACAUUUAUGUUGUCAGUUUCAAAGAAAACCUUGUUGACCAUUCUGUGUGACUACCAGUACUUUACCACUUUACUUUGCGUGAGUGUGGAUUGUUCUGUGUCUCCAGGGGACCAGACGUGCUCAACUGUAAAUAUUGUUUCAUUUGGCGACUGUGUUGAACAGCCCUGCCGUGUCCUGGACGUGCUCCAGGUGCUCCUCCCACUUCCUGUCUCGUGUCACGUCACGUCCUGUCUGAUGCCCGCAGUCUCCUGGUUACCAGCUCUCUUUGUUGUCACAUGUGUAAACCAGCAUUUGUGAGGAUUCUCGUCCGUUCGCGUGUUGGAAGCGUGCUGUGCAGGCUGUGGACGGUGGGCGCGGUCGUGGUUGCCCGGGUAACCGCCGGACGGGAGUCAUCGUGGGAGGUUUUCACUGCACUCGUGGGGUGUCAGAGAUCACACGGUAAAGACUGAGAGCCUCCCACUGAGGUGGUCAUCUUUGCUUGUCUCGCUUGUCAUCAUGGCGCGCGUGUGCCCGCGUGUGCGUUUGCCCCGUUCUCAAACUUUGGCAGUUUUUUCAUGAGUCUACCCCCUCCUGCGCUCCACGUGAUCACAGUGAAAUGGUAAUGACCACACCUCCCUGCCGGACGGUGACCGUUCCCCAGUCACAGUGGACGUGUCUCCCCGGAAAGACCUUCCCGCGUACGCUUGUUGGCCCUGGUGGGGGUGUGGUGUCUAAGUAGGAGCGCGGUGUGUGGCACUGUGUUGCGUACAGGCCUGGCGCACAGAUACAGCCCUGCAUGUCCUCUCCUCACAUUAUCAUAGCGGUCUUCGUGCGGUUCGGGACAGUUUUUCCAGCUGCGGACACCCAUACUGUCCCCCACGCCGCUGAGGUCCGAUGCCACGCGGCCCGUUUACGGGAAGGUUGUAGGAACGCUCCCCUAUCGUCAGGGCUUCAGGUGUCAUUCGGACUGUCGCGGUCAUACGCGGUCGGUCCCGGUUGCUGGGGGGUUUACUGUCCAUUUGUCCUCAGUGACGCGUGGGGAGACUUGCUGGAUGGCACAGGCAGGACGUGUGUAAAUACGGUUCGUUCCGUCACCUACUCAUGGUGUGUCUGAUCGCAAACGGCUUACGCUUCAUAUUCGAUAACAUGCAGAACCACUUGAGGUCGUUGUCACACUCUUUUACGUUAUUGUGGGACCAUGUUUGGUCAUGGAGAACAUUUCUGUUCUGCGGUUGAUUCUUCGAGAAAUUCCGCAUGGAUUUUGUGUGUGUGUGUGUGUGUGUGUGUGUGUGCAUGCGCACACCUGUUAAAAUGCUGUUUACCAUUUUUUGGGCAUUGUUGUUUUGUCACCAAAAGUCAUUUUUGAAAAAGAGACCAAGUUUUGUGUUCCAGCAGCUGUAACCCGAACCCAUUUCUCAUUAUGUGAACAGAUUUAUUUAUUAUAUCACGGACACAGUGCGUAAAUACCUUUGUUUGUGUGUUGAGCUCUAAAGAACAGAGAAUAAA